AUGGACCACGAAGAGCCACCAUUACAGCCCCAGCCUCAUUUCGGAAUGCAAUGCCGUUAUCCUGGCUGCUCGGUCACGGUCCUGUUCAUGGAUCGGUAUUGUGCGCAUCAUGCCGCACCAGACCCCCCACAACAAGCAGGCGGAUAUUGGCGCCAAUCCACCAUGGAUGACCGACCUAGAGCGAGUCCCAGCCGUGGGUCUGAUAGUACUAUGCCUGGCUUGCCCUCGAACUCUCGACUCGGAGAGGAAUUCUUCCACCGGGCCCAACGGACAGCCAAGAAGGUUGCCCAAAGUCCCGGGAUUCAAAACAUGCCACGAGGACUCACCCCAUUCUCGAGGUCAGGCACACCACAGAUCCCCAGUAGCCAUCUAUUACAUCCCAAAGCAGACGCAUACAGCCCAGUAUCAUUGCCCAACCACCAUGGAGCUCAGUGGCCCCCGUCAGGAGGCCUUCCGCGUAAACGGCCAGUGGCAGGGCAAGACAACCCUCCACCCAGGCCACCGAUCUUCAGACCCUAUCUACCCCCUAUCCUAAGUGUUGCACCGAAGCCCCUAUCUCCCGACCGCGAUCACAAGCCUCGAGUCGAGGCUUCGAGAUUAGAGUCGACGAUAUCACUUCCGCCGUUGCGAGAUCAUUCAGCAUUACCACACGAGAGCCACACAUCCUCCCUGCCACAUCUGAAUUCGUGGAUUAUAGAAGAUCCGCGGACCGGAGGCUUUCCUCGACACAAUGCUUUCAAACCACCACCUCCAAAGCAAAAUUCCCUGCAGACAUUCCGGACAGAUUUAGAAAGCAAGGCGGAAAGCUGGUACGCGCGACAGGAAAUCGAAAAGCAGCAACGGCUUAGGCAGCCAUCAGAGUCGAGUGAGUCUCAGCCCAGCACACGGCCUCAACAGACACCGCACAGGCAAGUCUCGGUGAAGAGGGUGCCAGACGGACUGCCUGUUCAUGUCCGAGACGCAUUAGAAGGGCAGUUUGUCUCGUCUAUGGCAGCGCCGCCACCUCGACAUGCAGCCGCGCAGCACCUUGCUAACGGCCACACCACAACGGCUCACGCCCCCUUUGCCCACACGGCGUCUUCGAGAGCACAUAGGGAGAAGGAACGAAUCAGACAAGUCACAGAAGCCGCUGUCCGUCGCGAGAGAUUGGCUGCCUCGUUCGACCAAACGACGUUCGACGCUGAGGUGUACGCGCAAGGCCGCGACGAAACAUCUCCCGCGCCGCAGCAGCCUCCAGCGGACCGACUGCCAGAAGAGAGCGACCGUCUGCACCUCGCUUUCGACCCGCGGAUCCACUGGCCGCUGCGCUGGACGGAAGAGUGGUACGACGCCAAGAUGGCGGAGAUCAGGGCGCGAGGCGGCAGGAAAGCCCACUUUGGACGCGCAGCGCAGCGGCGGCGGGACGUCAGACGCCAGGCCGAAGCCCGGAUGCGGGCCGACAAGGCGGCGCUUGCUCUCGGCCAGCCGCUGCGGCGGCACCCGCCCGCACCGUGGACGCACAGCCGCCCUGUGGAUUUUGGGGACGUUUCGGAGAGCGAGCUGCCAGACUAUGUCAAGGCCAACCCGUCCUGGCUGCGCGCCUGCGAGUGGAUGCGCUCGAACCGCGCCCAAGUCGUGCACAUUGCGCAGCAGAAGAUGCGGCGGAAAGCAGCGGGCGAAACGAUCCAGAACUUGCUGGAUCAGGGGAGGGGGUCUGUCGCGGCGGACGCCGUGACCAACGGACAGGCGGCUUCGCCGAGUGGGCGAGCCUGA